AUUUUCUCUUUGUAUAAUUCUUUGUUCAAGCUCAAAUUUUACAUGCUCAGGAAUUUUCCGUGCAUUUUCUAGAUACGCAUUUUGUUGACAGGACCACGGAGGUGCUAGCCUUUGUGUCACAGCAAUCCCAUUCCGUUGGUAGAACCGAGCGCCGGAUUUUGUCUACGCCAGGGAUUCCAGCGAUUUGGCCGGGGUCAGUAUAGCUGAUAAUACAAUUGAUUUUCCAUCUCAAACAAAUCCAUCUUUUAUCUUUAGAAGCCUGCCAGUGUGUGUUUCCACACCGACGCCUUCUCCGAUCCAUCAUGGAGCCGGCCGCAGACGAGAUAGCCAUCGAGUCCCCGGCGCACUUCCGCCUCUACAAGAGUGGAAGGAUCGAGCGCCUGAACCGGCCUCCGGUCCUCCCCGCCGGCCUCGACGAGGCCACCGGCGUCACCUCCAAGGACGUCGUCCUGGACCCCGAAACCGGCCUGUCAGUGCGCCUCUACCUCCCAAAGGUCGGCCAGGAGCCGUCCAAGAAGCUCCCCGUCCUCGUCUUCUUCCACGGCGGCGGGUUCAUGCUCGAGUCAGCCGGCUCUGCCACGUACCACACCUACGUCAACCCCCUCGCCGCCGCGGCGGGCGUCCUCGUGGUGUCCGUGUGCUACCGCCUGGCCCCCGAGCACCCGCUCCCGGCUGCCUACGAGGACUCCUGGGCCGCGCUCCAGUGGGCGGCGUCGGCGCGGGACGAGUGGAUCGCCGAGCACGGCGACGUGGCUCGCCUCUUCCUCGCCGGCGACAGCGCCGGCGCCAACAUCGUGCACGACAUGCUGCUGAGGGCGUCCGGCAACGGCGGCCCGAGCAUCGAGGGCGCCAUCAUGCUCCACCCGUGGUUCGGCGGGAGCACGCUCAUCGAGGGGGAGUCGGAGGUCGCCGCAGCGAUCACCGCCGGGCUCUGGGUUUACGCGUGCCCGGACGCGGUCGGCGGCGUCGACGACCCGAGGAUGAACCCGCUGGCGCCCGGCGCGCCGUCGCUGGAGAAGCUCGGGUGCGCGAGGAUGCUGGUGUGCGCCGGCAACAAGGACGGGCUCUACGCGAGGGGCCGCGCGUACUACGAGGCCGUGGCGGCGAGCGCGUGGCCCGGGGACGUGGCGUGGCACGAGUCCGACGGGGAGGAGCACGUCUUCUUCCUCCCGAAGCCCGAGUGCGAGAACGCCAAGCAGCUCAUGGACCGCGUCGUGGCCUUCAUAGCCGGGGCCUGACUUUGCUGUCUCUCCCUCUGUGUUCCGCUCGUCGCAGCAUUCGAGGUUCGAGCUGUCAUUGAACUUGUGCAAGUUUUUCUGGUUGAAUAAAUCGGUCUUGGUCCGGGCAUGAUUUUUCUUGUGGACGUGUGUAGUUUUGAGCUUGUUGAAACUGAAAAUUGUUCACUAUUCCAGCUCUGCGCCUCUGCCACAGUCGAGGAGGGCAGUAGAGUGUUGUCGUCGUGUCCCCAUACAUCUCUUCUCGAGACUUGAAUUGCUUAUUCUGCUACGAAGCUUUAUGAUAAGAUUUUUCAUAUUUCCAUGAA